GGCCCGUGGAGCGGAGGCUAGAAUCGCGCGGCGGGCCGCCUGAAGGCUCGCUCCGCCCUCCGCGGCCUACCUGGGGCCUUUCCGGUGUGCCCCUCGACCCUCCCGAACUUCCGGAGGGAGGGGCCGCCGGGAGACCGGCGCGCGCCUUGUCUCUGUGUCUCUGGCGCGUGUGGUAACCGGCUGCUUCCCGGCCUGAGAGGAGGCAUCAUGUCGGACUCGGACAGCGACGAGGACUCAGCCGGCGGCAGCAGCGGCGGCGGCGGCGGGAACUGUGGUGGCGGCGGCGGCAGCAGCAGCUCUAGCGGCGGCGGGAAUGGGGGCGCCAGCGGCGACGGCGGGAAUGGGGACGCCGGCGGCGGCGGGCCCUUUUCCUUAGCCGGCUUUCUCUUUGGCAACAUCAAUGAAGCUGGGCAGCUGGAAGGGGACAGCAUACUGGAUAAGGAGUCUAAGAAGCAUUUGGCAGGUCUUGGGGCUUUGGGUCUUGGCAGUUUGAUCACUGAAAUCACUGCAAGUGAAGAGGAAGUAUCUGGAACUGAUGGUGUCUUUGUGGAUGAAGAAGGUUGGGUUAAGAGUACUGAAGAUGCCGUAGACUAUUCUGACAUCACUGAGGUGGCAGAAGAUGAAAGCCGAAGAUAUCAUCAAGCCAUGAGCAGCUUGCAGCCAUCCUGUCCUACAGACGAUGAUGACGAUUAUGAUGCCGAUUGUGAAGAUAUUGAUUCCAAGCUGAUGCCUCCCCCGCCUCCCCCAUCAGGAUCCAUGAGGAAGGAUGAUGGCCAGGACCUUGCUGUGUGUGCAAUAUCAGAGGAUGGAGACGGCAUCAUUCUGCCUUCUAUUAUUGCCUCUUCCUCCAUGACCUCAGAGAAGAUAGACUUCAGCAGUUCUUCUGACUCCGAUUCUGAUAUGGGUCCGCAAGAAUCGAGGCAGGCGGAGCUGGAGGGCACGCUCACUCUACCUCUGGCUGGCAUCAUGCAGCGUGAUGCCACAAAAGUAUUACCUAGUGUCACGGAGCUUUUUCCCGAGUUUCGACCAGGCAAGGUGUUGCGCUUCCUUCGUCUCUUUGGCCCAGGGAAGAACGUUCCAUCUGUUUGGCGGAGUGCUCGCAGGAAAAGGAAGAGAAAAUAUCGAGAAGUAACCCCCGAUGAUCAGCUUCAAGACAGCGAGUGCUCAGGGGACUCCGAGAUGGAGAGGAAAUCAUCGCUGUGGUCCUAUGAAUUUGCUCCCCCUCCCCCUCCAGAGCAGUGUCUUUCAGACGAUGAGAUCACGAUGAUGGCUCCUGUGGAGUCUAAGUUUUCUCAGUCAGCUGGAGACAUAGACAAAGUUACAGAUACCAAGCCAAAGGUAGCGGAGUGGCGCUAUGGCCCUGCCCGCUUGUGGUAUGACAUGUUGGGUGUCCCUGAAGAUGGCAGCGGGUUUGACUAUGGCUUCAAACUCAAAACUGCCGAAGAGCAGCCGUCUCCAGAGCCAAAGAUGGCGGAGAAGGAUUCGGGCACUUUGGAGGAAGGAGGGGAUCUUCUGGCUGACGAGAACUUUUUGAUGGUUACCCAACUCCAUUGGGAAGAUGACAUCAUCUGGGAUGGGGAAGACAUCAAGCACAAGGGGACAAAGCCUCAGCGGGCCAGCCUUGCCGGCUGGCUGCCCUCUAGCAUGACCAGGAAUGCCAUGGCAUACAAUGCUCAGCAAGGUUUUACUGCCACUCUGGAUGAUGACAAACCUUGGUACUCCAUCUUCCCGAUUGACAAUGAAGAACUGGUUUAUGGCCGCUGGGAGGACAACAUCAUCUGGGAUGCCCUGGCUAUGCCUCGGAUCUUGGAGCCUCCCGUCCUGACACUUGAUCCAAAUGAUGAGAAUCUCAUACUAGAAAUACCUGAUGAAAAGGAAGAGACAACAUCGAAUUCCCCUUCGAAGGAGAGUAAGAAGGAAUCUUCUCUAAAGAAGAGUCGAAUUCUCUUGGGGAAAACCGGAGUUAUUAAGGAAGAGCCCCAGCAGAACAUGUCCCAGCCGGAGGUGAAGGACCCUUGGAACCUGUCCAACGAUGAGUUUUACUAUCCCAAGCAACAGGGCCUUCGAGGUACCUUUGGAGGAAACAUCAUCCAGCAUUCAAUCCCUGCGGUGGAGCUUCGGCAGCCCUUCUUUCCCACCCACAUGGGCCCUGUCAAACUCCGUCAGUUUCACCGGCCUCCUCUGAAGAAGUACUCCUUUGGGGCCCUGUCUCAGCCAGGUCCCCACGCCGUCCAGCCCUUGCUGAAACACAUCAAGAAGAAAGCCAAAAUGAGAGAACAAGAACGCCAGGCCUCAGGUGGUGGGGAGAUGUUUUUCAUGCGCACGCCCCAGGACCUGACAGGCAAAGAUGGGGAUCUGAUUCUUGCCGAGUAUAGUGAGGAAAAUGGUCCCUUGAUGAUGCAGGUCGGCAUGGCAACCAAGAUAAAAAACUAUUAUAAACGGAAACCUGGAAAGGAUCCUGGAGCCCCCGAUUGUAAGUAUGGAGAAACGGUAUAUUGCCACACGUCUCCGUUCCUGGGCUCUCUCCAUCCUGGUCAGCUUUUACAGGCAUUUGAGAACAACCUUUUUCGAGCUCCAAUUUAUCUGCAUAAGAUGCCAGAGACAGACUUCUUAAUUAUUCGGACACGUCAGGGUUACUAUAUUCGGGAGCUGGUCGAUAUCUUUGUCGUUGGCCAGCAGUGCCCAUUGUUUGAAGUUCCUGGUCCCAAUUCCAAACGGGCCAACACCCACAUCCGAGACUUUCUGCAGGUUUUCAUUUACCGCUUAUUCUGGAAGAGUAGAGACCGUCCCCGAAGGAUCCGUAUGGAGGAUAUCAAAAAAGCUUUCCCUUCCCACUCAGAAAGCAGCAUCCGGAAGAGAUUAAAGCUCUGUGCCGACUUCAAGCGCACAGGGAUGGACUCAAACUGGUGGGUGCUGAAGACUGAUUUCCGUUUACCCACCGAAGAAGAGAUCAGAGCUAUGGUGUCUCCAGAGCAGUGCUGUGCUUAUUAUAGCAUGAUAGCUGCAGAGCAGCGCUUGAAGGAUGCUGGUUAUGGGGAAAAAUCUUUCUUUGCUCCUGAAGAAGAGAACGAAGAAGAUUUUCAGAUGAAAAUUGAUGACGAGGUGCGUACUGCCCCCUGGAAUACUACAAGGGCUUUCAUUGCAGCCAUGAAGGGCAAGUGUCUUCUGGAAGUGACUGGGGUGGCAGAUCCUACGGGGUGUGGGGAAGGCUUCUCCUAUGUGAAGAUUCCAAACAAACCAACCCAACAGAAGGAUGAUAAGGAACCCCAGCCAGUGAAGAAGACAGUCACGGGAACCGAUGCAGAUCUCCGUCGCCUCUCUCUAAAAAAUGCCAAGCAACUUCUCCGUAAAUUUGGUGUGCCGGAGGAAGAGAUCAAGAAGCUGUCUCGGUGGGAAGUGAUCGAUGUUGUGCGCACCAUGUCGACAGAACAGGCUCGCUCUGGAGAGGGGCCCAUGAGUAAAUUUGCCCGAGGGUCAAGGUUUUCGGUGGCUGAACAUCAGGAACGUUACAAAGAAGAAUGUCAGCGGAUCUUCGACUUACAGAACAAAGUUUUGGCAUCGACUGAGAUUUUGUCAACCGACACCGAUAGCAGCUCAGCUGAGGACAGCGACUUUGAAGAAAUGGGAAAGAACAUUGAGAAUAUGCUACAGAACAAGAAAACCAGUUCUCAGCUAUCGAGGGAGCGGGAGGAGCAGGAGCGGAAGGAAUUACAACGAAUGCUACUGGGUGAGGAAGGUGCCAAUGACAAGGAAACGGGCAAGAAAGAGAAGAAGGACAAAAAGGGACUGUUGAGCUCUGGAGGCUCGCACAAGGACGAUGACACGGCCUCCGUGACCAGUCUUAACUCUUCAGCCACCGGUCGCUGCCUUAAGAUUUACCGUACCUUUCGAGACGAGGAUGGAAAGGAGUAUGUCCGAUGUGAGACGGUGAGGAAGCCUGCUGUUAUCGAUGCCUAUGUGCGCAUACGGACCACGAAGGAUGAAGAAUUCAUUCGGAAAUUUGCCUUAUUUGACGAGCAACACAGGGAAGAGAUGCGGAAGGAACGCCGGAGGAUUCAGGAACAGCUGAGACGAUUGAAACGGAACCAGGAAAAGGAGAAGCUAAAGGGUCCUCCUGAGAAGAAGCCGAAGAAGAUGAAGGAACGUCCUGACUUGAAGCUAAAAUGUGGAGCUUGUGGUGCCAUCGGACACAUGAGGACAAACAAAUUCUGCCCUUUGUAUUACCAAACCAAUGCUCCGCCUUCCAACCCUGUUGCCAUGACAGAGGAACAGGAGGAAGAGCUGGAAAAAACUGUCAUUCCUAAUGAUAACGAAGAGCUUAUCAAGGUGGAAGGGACCAAGAUUGUCUUGGGAAAGCAGCUGAUUGAGAGUGCAGAUGAGGUUAGAAGGAAAUCGCUGGUUCUCAAGUUCCCUAAACAGCAACUUCCUCCCAAGAAGAAACGACGAGUUGGGACUACUGUUCAUUGUGAUUAUUUGAAUCGCCCCCAUAAAUCUAUCCAUCGACGACGGACAGAUCCUAUGGUGACCUUGUCAUCUAUCCUGGAGUCCAUUAUCAAUGACAUGAGAGAUCUUCCCAAUACUUAUCCUUUCCAUACACCAGUGAAUGCAAAAGUUGUGAAGGAUUAUUAUAAAAUUAUUACCCGGCCCAUGGACUUGCAAACGCUUCGUGAAAAUGUUCGUAAACGCCUUUACCCAUCCCGGGAGGAAUUCAGAGAGCAUUUAGAGUUGAUUGUGAAAAACAGUGCGACGUAUAACGGGCCAAAGCAUUCACUGACUCAGAUCUCUCAGUCGAUGCUGGAUCUCUGUGAUGAAAAACUGAAAGAGAAAGAAGACAAACUGGCCCGCUUAGAGAAGGCCAUUAAUCCCCUGUUGGAUGACGAUGACCAAGUGGCAUUCUCUUUCAUUCUGGACAACAUCGUCACCCAGAAGAUGAUGGUGGUCCCAGACUCUUGGCCAUUUCAUCACCCGGUGAAUAAGAAGUUUGUUCCAGAUUAUUAUAAAGUAAUUGUCAAUCCAAUGGAUUUGGAAACUAUCCGCAAGAAUAUUUCUAAGCACAAGUAUCAGAAUCGGGAUGCCUUCCUGGAUGAUGUAAACCUUAUCCUAGCCAACAGCGUCAAGUAUAAUGGUUCUGAUAGUCAGUACACCAAAACCGCUCAGGAGAUCGUGAACAUCUGUCACCAGACUUUGGCGGAGUAUGAUGAACACUUGACGCAGCUUGAGAAAGAUAUCUGUACAGCUAAGGAAGCAGCUUUGGAAGAGGCCGAUUUAGAAAGUCUCGAUCCGAUGACCCCGGGGCCUUAUACUCCACAGCCUCCUGACCUUUAUGAUACAAACACAUCUCUAAGUAUGUCUCGAGAUGCCUCAGUAUACCAGGACGAAAGCAACAUGUCUGCCAUGGACACACCAACGACGACUCCAGAGAAGCAGGGGGCACAGGAAGAAGAUGGGGAUGGCGACCUUGCGGAUGAAGAGGAAGGGACCUCACAGCAGCCUCAGUCCAGUGUCUUGUAUGAAGAUCUGCUUAUGUCUGAUGUAGAGGAUGAGGAGGAAGAUGCCGGGAGCGAUGAUGAAGGAGAUAAUCCUUUUUCCUCUAUCCAGCUGAGUGAGAGUGGCAGUGACUCGGACAUGGAAUCUGGGGGAAUGAGACCCAAACAGCCCCACAUGCUGCAAGAGAACACGAGGAUGGGCAUGGAUAACGACGAGAGCAUGUUGUCUUAUGAGGGAGACGCUGGAGAGGCCUCUCAUGGGAUGGAGGACAGUAACAUCAGUUAUGGAAGCUAUGAGGAACCUGACCCCAAAUCGAAUACUCGAGAUACCAGUUUUAGCAGCUUAGGUGGAUAUGAUAUAUCAGAGGAAGAAGAUGAAGAAGAAGAAGAGGAGCAGCGUGGUGGACCAAGUGUCCUCAGCCAAGUUCAUCUGUCUGAGGAUGAGGAUGAUAGUGAGGAAUGUCACUCGAUUGCUGGAGACAGCGAUUUGGACUCUGACGAAUGAGACUUCUUUAGGAACUCCUUGGGAUCUUAGCUUUCCCUCAAUCUGUAAAUAUUGUGUACAGUGUCUAAUUGAGCCACCAGAUGACCAGGUUAGACAGUUUUCUUUUAAAUUAUUCACAAGUAUAAUAAAGCUUUCCUCCUUACUGGGUUGGAUAUCAUCAUUUUAUUGGCCAAAACUCCCUCUCCAUCUCGUCUCAAACUUCCCUAGAUCCUCUGGCUUUAUUUAUCAGCACUGGUUAGUUUUCCCACCGAAGCUAGCUGUGGCAGUAGGAGGCCACUUAACUAAAAGACUAGCUGGCUUUAGGAGCUUGUAGUAACUCAGCCUCUACUCCUAGAUUGGACCACCAAGAGCCACUCCUGCAAGGCUAGCCUUUUACUUACUUUUUUUCAACUCAACACAUUCCCCAAAUGGCUGUUUCCAACCUGAUUCACUCUUCUCCAGCCUCAUCACAAGCCCUCUGAUUGGCAGUAGGACCAGCCUGGCUUUUUGUAUGGCACCUCUUUCCUGCCCUCCCUCCCGGUCAAAGCUUCUCAGUCUCCGCUUCUGCCCUCUCUCCCUCUUUGAACUCCUUUGGCUUGCUAUAUCAUGCUUGUUCUCAAUCUCAUUCCCUUGUGCUUUCUUCUGGACCUCAUUCUGCCCACCGUCAAAUGCCUCUUGCAUCUUCCUUGCUAGCUCCUUUACUUUAGCCCACAGGGGUGCUCAAGUCUUCCAUACCCUAGUUACACAAAACAAAUCCAAACCUUGACCCUGUGACAGUCUCACUUCGUUUUCUUUGUUGCCAAACUUUUAGUAAGAACAGUCUACACUUAUUACCUCCCCACCUAGUCAUUCCUUAUAGCUGGCAUCCUUUCAGCCAAUUCAUCAGCUUUUCUUGGGCCUCUUUCUGCCUGAUCUACCUCUAUUUGCCACCGUUGACUACUCAUGCGUCCCUUGCCUCCGGCACGCCGUGUCAUCUUUUGUAGCUCCCUAAACGUUAGAUGCUCUUCAAGGCUUUGACCUCAGGCUUCUUCAUUUGCUUUCUUCGCCCUCCCUCAAUCAUCUCAGAUGUGUCCGGCACUUCAGUGGUCCUUUUUGGGCUUGUGACUUUUCGAUUCUAUCCCUUGGCUGCAACAGCAGAUGAUAACUGAAGCUCAAAAGGGCCGCCCCUGAGAAGAAGACAGUACUUAUGGCUAAACCAAAGCCCGAUACCCAGGAGUUUUCUUUGCUCCUUAGGAAGUCCCCGUCUUUGAUCUGUUGUUACAGUGACAGAUCCCAGGCAGAGAAAGAGUGUUAGUAUUUUUAGGUCUAGAGCAAGACUGUGAGGGUAAGUCCUUCAUGCCUGGCAUAAAGUUGUAAGUGUUCAAAACAACUCAUCUUUUCUCCUCCAUUUCCUGUGUCUACAAAUGAUAGCGUCAUACUUGGGACUAAAGAGCCAAACCUCCCACCUUUAACUCCUCCACCCAUAAUGUCUAAGCAAGCUGCUACAUUCUGUCUCUCUUCUGCUUGGGGAUAUCUGGCCCCUCCAUUACAUCCCUAACACCACUCCCCAGGGAAUUCACCUGGGGUACUGUUAUGGCUUCCUAACUUUGCCUCCAGGCUCCCUUUUCACUCAGUCCCACCCACGUGCACUAUCCUUUUCAUCUCUAAUCCAGUCGCUUUUGAUUAAAAUAAAACUUAUGCUUUGUUUUGAAGGUCUCUUACAACUUAGUUCCAAUCUGUCUUCUCUCAUAUGUGCCUGCAACACAUCCAGUUUAAAAAUACACAUUUAACAGUCAAAGUCUUGCUGAAGCUCUCGAGUACGCUGACUAUUUUAUGGAACUCCUGCCCCAAAAUGAUCCUCCGGCCACCUCGGUUUAUUAGAAUUAGACCAGUGUUGUGGGCAGGCUGCCCUUGUUUCUUUGCACUGAGAGGCUGAUGAGGUUGGAGGAUGGAGACUGAGGCUUGAGGAGAUUGAAUCAAGUCUAAACUAGCAAUUUUGGGAAUGUGAUAAGGAGUCCAAAAGGUAAGUACAAAAAGCCAGUCAUGAGUCUGUGUGUCCUUUAGAGUUUGAGGCAGGGAGUAAGUUUGAAAAUCAGGUGAAGCACUUAAAGCAAGCUACUGCUGCUACCCCAGCCUCUGGCUACUGAAACCCUCUUCCUUGGCGGAGUGGGAGGAAGAAGGGCAUGAAUUCAGAAUGGAAAAUCAAACAGUUUUCAAAAAGAAACCCCCACCUUUAGGUCCAAAUCUAAUUAGGAGAUCACAUUGGUAUCAAGCACUUAGCAGGGCCUGGUACAUGGUGGGUGCUAUGGAAAAGCUGCUCCCCUUUCCCCACACAGCUCUGUUCCUCCCUCCCCAACCCCAGCCCCCAUCUGAUCUGCUGUGCUGUUUUGUUCAUAAAUUGAAGUAAUCUCCCUCCCACUUGGGUGUGCCUCUGAUGCAUUUUUCAAACUUGAUUACUUGAUACUUUGAAACUGUAGGUAUUUGUGUACUUGUCUUAACUCGCCUCCUAAAUUGUAAUUUCCACGAGGAAGGGGACUUUGUAUCUUUUAUAGGCCCUAAUAUUAAACCCAGUGCCUUGUAAUAACAGAUGUCUAAUAAAUGCUUGUUCAAUUGAAUCGAAA